AUGAUGACGGCCGCUCGCCAUCAGCAACAACCUCCACAGCUCCCAAUCCUCUCGACCACCGACACCUUUGACCCCGAUGAAGUAGUCCCCCGGGACAGUCCCCUCAUGCAAGCCCUGCGUCCCAAACUCGAACUGUCGCCGAGCCCGCCGCCGGAUAUCCCCCCGGCCCAAGUCAGUCUCAGCCCUCCUCCCAUCGACGACUUCUUCACCUCUAAUCGGUCAAAGAUCCGCCCUAGCUCCGGAGACGCCGUCCUCGUGUCUUACUUGGACAAUGGCCGCCGUCCGGAACUGGCACGGGCCGCCGGUGCGCAAGCUCUGCCAGACGCCGAGGAGGAUGACGAUGACGACGACACGUCACGUCGCCAUCCGUCCCCCGGAUCUGUCGAGUCGCCCCGGCCCCGGGAUAUCCUCUCCGGACCGAGACCUGGCAUGAUGGCCCCGAGUCUGCAGCACCUGGCUGCAGAUGCGCUUCAGGUCGUGUCCACGGAGCCUCGGCGCGCCCCUGCGGCUCGGGAAGCGCUUGACAUUUCCGCGUCGACACGCCAGUUGUCCAUUAGCGACGACCGACCCAAACCCGUUUCAGCUUACGCUUCUUCCAGGGAACAGCAAAGGCCCCCUGUGCACCUGAACACAGACGCCAAGUCGCCACCGGCGAUGCUAACACCCGCGAGCGGCGAGCUGCCUCCUCUCCAGAUGGAUUCUCCCAGGUCCGAGUCGAACGGACAGAGCCUACCUUCUAUUCGCUCCACACUAGGCGACAUCAACCACUUACCCUCAGAACCGCCUACGCCGGCGGACAACGAGAUACCCGCGCUCCACGCCGCCGGGGCGUCGUUUGCAAGAUCGCCCCCGGUCAGCAGGCCACGCCUACCACCCAUGGCAGCCUCUCAUGCUUCUCCGCCAAUCUCUCCAAACGAGGCCUACCAGCGCAGCCUUCCAUCGCCGCACUCGCUCCCGGCAUCGAGCCCCUAUUACUACCAGGCCAACGGCAUAAACCACCGGCCCAGCGUCGAGUACAGCACUAGCGGCACCGGCGAGACUCCCAGCACCGACCACUCAGCCUCGACACCGGCCACCGUUGCGUCUGUGGUGGAUCGCAUGAGCAUUGACGGCAUCACAAACCCGCCCGUCGGAGUCUUCGUUUGCAACUUUGCUGGCUGCAACGCCCCGCCCUUCCAGACACAAUAUCUACUCAACUCUCACGCCAACGUCCAUUCAUCAGCGCGACCUCAUUACUGCCCGGUCAAGGGUUGCCCACGGAGCGAGGGUGGCAAGGGCUUCAAGCGCAAGAACGAAAUGAUACGACAUGGUCUAGUACACGAUUCGCCGGGCUACGUUUGCCCAUUUUGCCCGGACAGAGAGCAUAAGUAUCCUCGCCCGGACAAUUUGCAAAGGUUCGUGAAUUAG